AGGGUUCUGCUAAAGGACACUGCUGAACAUUGAGAAUACUUCAACCCCCUGCCUCCUGGAUUACCGGCUCCUGGAGUUCUCCGUGAUGCCCUCACGGACCCCUCAUGCAAGGGACAUCUCAGCACAAGGCUGUUGGCGCUCCCGACACUGUUCAGGCUGAGUUGAAGAUCCCUCUCCUUUGCCGGGUGCCAAGAAAGAUGAACAGACCGGGCAAUAGAAAAAUAGUCAAAGAAGGAUCCAGUGAUUUGAAAUUCCAGAACUUCGCUCUGCCGAAAAAUAGGUCAUGGCCCAGAAACAACAGUGCCACAGGACAGUACCAGACUAUUAAUGAGCCUCUUCUUGAUGGUGAAAGGAAUUCCAUAGCAGUCCUGGAUGGAGCAAAAGGCCACACCGAUGAUGACUAUGAAGACCCUGAGCUUCGCAUGGUAGAAGACCGGCAAUCAGUGAAAAUCUUACCAGCCAGGCCUAUUAAGGAAUCCGAAUAUGCAGAUACACGCUAUUUCAAGGGUAUGAUGGACACACCCCUGUCCUUAGAUUCCAAGCCCUCUCUCCCCACAGACAGGCAAACCUGGAUGAAGCUGGAAGAAGUGCAAAAGCCCAUUUCCAAGGAUAUCAGAAACCAACAUGUUAAAGGACGGAGAGAAGGUGGAGCAGAGGGGACCAGACGAACGGUGGACCUGGAGGCCCAAGAGCAGAUGCCCACAAAGGGAAGCAAGGCGGAAGGAGCAACGAGAGUAGCUGACGCCCGGGCUCUGCCUCCCCCUGGCUGUGUGACCUUAAGAGACAAACCCACAAAGGGAAACAAGACUCCUUUACUGCCUCCUCGACAGAUAAGCUUAAAGAACUUAAGUGAGGUCCUUGGAACAGAGAAAGUUCCUUAUCACCAGAUGAAGCCUGAAGCACCUCAUCUGCCACAAAACCAAAGUCCUCAAGAGAUUCCUUUUGCAGUUACCAGCUCUUCAUUCAUGACACGCAACCCAACUGUGCAAAACCGAGAUCAUAAAGAAAGCAUGCCAUCCUAUGCUCCUCAGAGAUGUCAGUCUCCAGCCGGCUCUGGCCCUCAGGAAAAUCCACUACUUCAUAAAAUCACGAGCAGGAGGAAACCUUUCCCCACAAGGUCUGAUGGCAAGGAUGUCCAGCACAACGAAUGGUACAUUGGAGAAUACAGUCGCCAGGCAGUGGAAGAGGCGUUAAUGAAGGAGAACAAGGAUGGCACCUUCUUGGUCCGAGACUGCUCUGCAAAAUCCAGGGCGGAGCCCUACGUGCUGGCGGUGUUUUAUGGGAACAAAGUCUAUAAUGUGAAAAUCCGCUUCCUGGAGAGGAAUCAGCAGUUUGCCCUGGGGACAGGACUCAGAGGAGAUGAGAAGUUUGACUCGGUGGAAGCCAUCAUUGAACACUACAAGUAUUUUCCUAUUAUACUCAUUGACGGGAAAGAUAAAACUGGGACCCACAGGGAGCAGUGUUACCUGACUCAGGCCCUCCCUGUCAACAGACACUUCUCACCUAGGUAGCCUGGUCUGUUGUUUCAUCUUCAGAUCAGUGGAUCCAGUGCCUCUAUCAUUUCUUCCCUUUGUUUCAAAAAAGAUUAUUUUCUGUGGCUUCAAGGAAUUACUCCUUUGAUUUUGCAGAAAAGAAAAACAUUCUACAAUGGAAACUGGAAAAUCAACAUGGUUUUGAAAGCUCACACCACAGAAGAAAUAAGUAUAAGAUGCAAAAAUUUAAAAAAAAACUGGUUUUUAAAAAUUAUCUUCCAAAGAAAAGAACUACAAACAAGGUCAUUAUGCUCAUGUUACAGAUGAGCAGCCACAGUUUGAAGAAGCUAUUGCUUCAGGGAUUGCAACUGGCACUUGAUAAGUCUGGGUGAGAGUCCCCAAAUCUAUGAUCCUUCUAGUGCCUGGUGCUGUCCUCUUGAUUUCAAAACUGUUUGGACUUGUGAAUUCAGAAUGUCUUUGUGACUCCUUAUGCUAAAGAUGUAGGUGAAUGUUAGCUCUCCUGUAUCUGUAAUUCUAGAAAUUUAAUUAUAGGGAAGGAUGUGGUAUGGAAAAACAGAUCACUUGUGAACACCACUUGAAGGACAGAAAUCAGAAAUGUUUUAAUAUGGUGUGAAAUGGCUUCCCGCAGAGCAUGGCAGGUAAAGAAUCCUCCUGCAGUGCGGGAGACACAGGAGACA